AUGACCCUUGCCUUAAUUGGAAAUUAUUCAAAGACAAAAGCCAAAAGUAAUUUAACAGGCGACAGAUUUUGGAUGAAAAUUUCGGAAAUCAUGCACAAACAAGGAUAUAAAGUUGAUGGACGCAUCUGCGAGUCGAAAUUUGAUGGGCUUCAAAGAACUUACAAAGGAAUCAUUGAUAAGAAGAAACAAACCGGCACGAGUCCGCAAAAAAAAUGGCAAUUUUUCGAUGAAAUGGAUUUGCUUUUGUUCAAGAAACCUGAAAUUCAGCCGCCAGCAGAUGCCAGCAGUUUUCAGGGCUACAAGAGAAAAAUUGCUCGCGAGAUCGACGAAACUAAAAGUACAGAAAGUAAACCGAAGAAGCGACCUGUGACAAAGGAACGUCAAAUGACGGCGACAUUGAAAAUUUUAGCGGAUCGUCGUCUUGCUGGGGAAACGAAUUUGAAGAUCAGGGAGAUACGGGGCGAAUCAACAAUAGUGAAAUCUCGGGUGAAAACAGCAGAUUAGAAUCUCAGAUUAACCUUUCUAAUACUUUAUCUACGUUUAAUUGUACUC